CUGAGAAUUUAAGGGAAAUCAAUACUUGUGCUUUUUUGGGUUGUUGGGGUUUGACUUUAUGAUUCAGUUUCUCUGCAAUGACACGGCUGUUUUCUUCUCUCUUUUCAAUAUUUUCUCAGCAACCAAACAGAAACUUCUUGUUGUUGUUGUUUUCUGAAUGUGUAAGGUGUUUUUGCAGGCUGAAUGUGUAAGGUGUUUUCGCAGGAAACUUGUUCUUCACUGAUAUCAUAUAGCUUUGUUGUUGGAUCAAUCCGACUCCCUCUCAGAUUAUUUGGAACUCCAAGUCAUUAAACUGGCGUAACAGCGCAUAACUGCAAUCAUGUUGUCAAGAUCUUGCUUAAGUUUGUUGGAAUUGUCAUCUGGGGACAUGUUGAAUUUUCCUCAGACUCCCAGAAACCUCCCAAGGGUGAUGACUCUUCAAGGAGUUAUUCCUGAUGCAGAAAGUAGCGACGGCAUUAAUAAUGAAGACAUAAAUGUUCCUCCUUCGGAAGUAUGUGAAAAGAAGAUCAUAGUGGCGAAUUUUCUCCCUCUACAUUCUCAGAAGGAUGCAAAAUCUGGGAAAUGGUGCUUCAGUUUUGAUGAGGAUGCACUUUCGUUGCAACUCAAAGAUGGUUUCCCUUCUGGUACUGUGGUAAUAUAUGUCGGUUCUCUGAAGGUUGACGUAGAAGCAAGUGAGCAAGAAGAAGUUUCACAGAAACUGCUGGAGGAGUUUAAUUGUGUGCCGACAUUCCUUCCUUCCGAGCUGCAUAAGAAGUAUUAUCAUGGGUUCUGUAAGCAAUAUUUGUGGCCUCUCUUUCACUACAUGCUGCCCAUGUAUCCGGACCUUAGUAGUCGCUUUGACAGGCAACUUUGGCAGGCAUAUGUUUCUGCUAACAAGAAAUAUGCCGAUAAAGUUAUGGAGGUGAUCAAUCCUGAAGAUGAUUGUGUAUGGGUUCACGACUAUCACCUUAUGCUUCUUCCAACGUUUUUGAGAAGGCGGUUCACACGAGUUAAGCUUGGCUUUUUCCUCCACUCCCCCUUCCCCACAUCAGAAAUCUACAGGACCCUUCCUGUCCGAGAUGAAAUUCUGAGAGCACUGCUAAAUGUAGAUUUGAUUGGUUUCCACACGUUUGAUUAUGCUCGCCACUUCCUUUCUUGUUGUAGUAGAAUGCUUGGCCUUGAAUAUGAAUCGAAGCGGGGCUACAUUGGACUUGAAUAUUUUGGCCGCACAGUGUACAUUAAGAUUCUGGCGGCGGGGAUACACAUGGGCCAACUUGAAUCUGCGUUAAAUCAUCCCUCUUCUUCCAUGAAGGCCAAAGAGAUUCAAGAGCAGUUCAAGGGGAAGAAAAUCAUUGUUGGUGUCGAUGACAUGGACAUAUUUAAGGGCAUCAGUCUAAAGUUGAUGGCCAUGGAACAACUUUUGAUGCAGCACCUGGAGAUGCGGGGGAAGGUAGUCCUGGUUCAAAUUGUAAAUCCUGCAAGAAGCACAGGGAAAGAUGUUCAGGAAGCGAAAAAGGAAACAUAUUCAAUGACCAGAAGGAUAAACCAAGUCUUUGGUUUCCCAGGCUACGAGCCAGUUGUUUUGAUUGACCGUAGCCUUCCCUUUCAUGAGAAGGCUGCCUAUUAUUCCUUGGCAGAAUGUUGCAUCGUUAAUGCUGUAAGGGACGGAAUGAACCUGGUUCCCUACGAGUACAUCAUUUGCAGGCAGGGUAAUCAAAACAUCGAUAAAGCUGUUGGAGUUGCCUCUGAUUCCCCUCGUACAAGUACACUUGUUGUCUCGGAGUUCAUAGGUUGCUCACCAUCUUUGAGUGGAGCUAUCAGGGUGAACCCGUGGAACAUUGAAGCUGCAGCUGAUGCACUCAAUGAGGCCCUCACAAUGCCUGAUUUGGAAAAGCAGUUGCGGCAUGAGAAACAUUUUCGGUAUGUUAGCUCUCAUGAUGUGGCUUACUGGUCCCGCAGUUUUCUACAGGAUUUGGAGCGAGCGUGCAAAGAUCAUUACAGAAAACGUUGUUGGGGAAUCGGUUUUGGUCUGAAUUUCAGAAUUUUGUCGCUUUCUCCAAGUUUUAGGAAGCUUUCGAUUGAUCAUAUCCUCUCUGUAUAUAAGAGGACAAACAGGAGGGCAAUAUUUUUGGAUUAUGAUGGAACAAUAAUGCCUGAAUCUUCUAUUGUUAAGACCCCCAGUUCCGAAGUCAUUUCUGUUCUGAAAAACCUUUGCAGCGACCCCAAGAACACUGUGUUUAUUGUGAGUGGAAGGGGCCAAAGCUCUCUUAGCGAAUGGUUUGCUCAAUGUGAGAAUCUCGGUAUAGCAGCUGAGCAUGGAUACUUCAUAAGAUGGAGUAGUGCAUCCAGUUGGGAAACCUGUUCGUUGGCCAUAGAUCUCGAUUGGAAGCAAAUUGCAGAACCUGUGAUGAAGUUAUAUACAGAGGCAACCGAUGGCUCCUACAUAGAGACCAAGGAGAGUGCCUUGGUGUGGCACCAUCUAGAUGCUGAUCCUGAUUUCGGAUCAUGCCAGGCCAUGGAAAUGCUGGAUCAUCUCGAAAAUGUCCUUGCGAAUGAGCCCGUAGUUGUUAAAAAGGGUCAGCAUAUCGUCGAAGUAAAGCCACAGGGAGUUACUAAAGGAAUAGUUGCACAGAAAGUUCUUUCCAUGAUGAUUGGUAAUGGGAAUGCGCCAGAUUUUGUGCUGUGCAUCGGGGAUGAUAGAUCAGACGAGGACAUGUUUGAAAGCAUAUCGAGCACAACAUAUAGUUCAUCUCAAGCUGCAGCUCCCGAGAUCUUUGCAUGCACUGUCGGACAAAAACCUAGUAAAGCCAGGUACUACCUCGAUGAUACAGCAGAUGUCAUCACUUUGCUCAAUGGCCUGGCAACCGAUUCAAGUCUCAGGGCACGGUCCAAUUGGGAAAUUCAAGUCCCGUUCGAGAAUAUUAUCUGAGAUGAAUGAGCUGCCACUGUUCGGCAACGUGCCUAGGGUAGUGAAGAACAUCGAUGGAUGCUGUUCUUCUGAUGAUACAAGCAUACACAAAGGAAUCGUUGAUUAACUCUUUAUGUUUCGAUACGCUAACUUAUUCUUUGCAUGGUGGAAAGCCGGACAUGAUGCUGCUCCGGGUGUUUCUUUCGAAGAGAACGAUGAUCACCGAAGGGUUACUGUGGAUUUGGAGACGUCAAUGAUCACGCAUGGUUACGCGGUGGCGCCAUCAACCAGAUGGGCUUUAACUUCUUAGUUCACAGGUUAAAACUUGUUCUUCUUUUCGUCAUUAGUAGUCUUCACAGAUAGAUACAAAGGGCAUCAUUUGUUUGUAAAUUUGAACUGGCUUUGUGUUUACAUGAUACUCUAUUUUUUCUUCUUCUUAUGAAAUCAUAGUUUUUA